AUGAAGUCCACCGUGUCCUUCUUGAUUGCCGUUUUCAUCGCACUGGCCGCUGCCGAUUACCAACACGCCGGAGGACAUCACGCCGGGGGACAUCACGCCGGAGGACUCUACCCCGUGGUACAACCCGGACCGGCCCAGGUGCUGACCUACCCGGGAAAGGUUCCCCUGCCACCAUGUGCCACAGUUUACCUGCUGUCCUGCAGCAAGAGCUCCCAGCAGGUGCCAUGCGGUGGAGCCGAACACGGCGAACACUACGUUCCGGAGGCAGUUCCCUACCCACAUGCCGCCCCGGCUCAUCAUCACGAACCGGCUCCCGCGUAUAAACCAGCGCCAGCUCCUUACCACCAUGCCCCAGCACCGGCACCAGCCAAGUACUGA